AUGUACGCCGCCGCCCCCGCCGCUCCGCGCGGAGGCGGCGGCGGCGGCGCGACCGGCGAUCGCCGCCGCGCGCGACCCGAAUCGCGCGGGGGCGCUUUCCACCGCCCGCGCGACCGCGCCGAGCGGUCCGACGACGACGACGACGACGACGAUGACGAGCGCGACGGCGACGCGCGCGGCGGUCCGGAGCUGGAGUACGACCCGCGCGCGGUCGUCUUCAUGUCCGUCCUCGCGGACGCGUCGCGGUUCGGCGCCGCGGUGUUCGACCGCGACGGCAACGGCCACGCGGACGCGGAGUUCGCGCUGCUGCAGCUCAUCCUCAUCUCGCACGACCCCGAGGUCGUGUUUGUCCCCGCGCGGAGCCGCUCGAAGCACCACGACGCGCUUUUGGAGUGCCUUCGAACCACCGGCGGCGGCGGCGGCGGCGACGACGACGACGACGACGACGCACAGCUGUGCGCCCGCGACGACGACGCCGGCGGCGGCGCGAACCCGAACCCGAACCCGAACCCGAACCGACCGCGCGACCACCUGCCCCCCCGCCGCCGCGGCCGCCGCCGCGUCGUCGCCCUCCCCGCCGCCGCGUUCUUCGACUCGUUUGAUCUCGCGCUCGCGACGCUCCGCGAGGCGUGCGAGCUGCCGUCGUCGCGAGCGGUCGCGGCGAAAAUUUCCCUCGAGUGCGAGCGGCAGGUCCGCGCCGCGGGGGCGCUGCUCGGGGUUCUGCGGCGCGACGGCGUCAUCCUGAACGGCGACGGCGACGGCGCGGACCCUGGAGGCGGCGGUGGCGGCGGCGGCGGCGGCGGCGGCGGCGGAAUCACCGUCGUCGCGCGCGGCAAAAGCUGGGUCGUCGGCGACCACGCGCCCUCCGACCCCAUCGCCCUCCGCGAGCUAUCCACGCGCGCCUACCUCCGCGUGGACGACGUCAGCCAGGCCGCGCUCGGGCUCUUCACCCCGGAGUCGCACCCGUCGCGGUUCGUGGGAUGCGCGAAGGAGUGGGGCGUCUUCGCGCUCCUCAACGACUGCGUCACGCCGCCCGGAAAGCGUCUCCUUCGCGCGUGGUUCCAACGCCCGCUGCUCAAUCGAGACGUCAUCGAAGAACGCCUGGACGCGAUCGAGCACUUCGUCGUCCACCCCGGCGUGUGCCGCGAGCUCGACGACGCGAUGCGUCUCUACCACGGCCUCCCGGAUUUGCUCUCGCGCGUCGCCGCCGCGGAGGCGUCGCGGGUGCCGUCGUUUCUCCGCGGCCGCGGCGUCGAGGACAACCUCCACGUCGUCUACCUUCCCAGGGUCGGGUACGCGGUGCGAAUAGACGGCAGCACGCUCCCGCCGGACAUCGCGGACGAGCUGCGCGACUUUGAGUUCGCGUUCGACGACGAGAACGCGACGGAGGGGACGUACCACGCGUAUUAUUUCACGAAGGCGCGUCCUACGACAAAGGAGCUGGACGUCGAGCUCGGCGACGUCCUCUCGCGCGUCUCCGACCUCGAAGCCGCGGUGCUUCGCGACCUCAGACGCCGCGUCCUGUCCAGCGCGCCAUCGAUUCGCGACGCGUCUCGGUGCGUCGCGGAGGUGGACUGCCUCCUGUCGCUGUCGCGCGCCGCGGUCGCGUUCGGGCUGCGGCGCCCGGCGUUGACGAACGAGAGUCGCCUCUCGAUCGUCGGCGGCCGGCAUCUUCUUCAGGAAGCCGCGAACGGCGGGCGCGUGACGGUCGUGACCGGCCCGACGAUGAGCGGGAAGUCCGUGUACAUCAAGUCGAUCGCGAUCAUCGCGUUUCUGGCGCACGUGGGGUCGUUCGUCCCCGCGGAGUCCGCCGUCGUCGGCGUCGUCGAUCGCAUUUUCACGCGGGUGAUGUCGCACGAUUCGAUCGCGCAGCGCGUGGGGCAGUCCUCGUUCGCGCGCGAUCUGAGCCAGAUCUCGCUGAUGAUCAACAACGCGACGCCGCGGUCGCUGUGCAUCGUGGACGAGUUCGGGAAGGGCACGAAAACGGCCGACGGCGUGGGGUUACUCGGGGGAUUUUUGAGAGCGGUGUCGGAGAUUCCAGAGCCGCCGAUCGUCUUCGCGGCGACGCACUUCAGCGACGUCACCGACGACGCGUUCGUCCCCAGGAACGCGAACAUGAACUACCUCACGAUGAGCGUGUACGCGUCAGAGGUGGAGAAUGAGAUCACGUUUCUGUACAAAGCCGUCCCGGGCGUCUCCACGCGCGCGUACAGCGCGAGGUGCGCGCGCGAAGCCGGGCUCCCGCGCGUCGUCCUCGAGCGCAUCGAGGAGCUCGACGCGAUCGACCGCGAGAACGAUGCGAACCGUCGCGGUGACGCGAACCGUCGCGGUCGCGGUCGCGAGGUCGUGGAGAUAAAACCCGCGGCGAUGUCGCGCGCGUCGGACUCGGAGAGGGCGAAGAGGGAAACGUGCGUCGAGAGGCUCGCGCGCGUGAACCUCGACGAUCCGGGCGAGGUCGCGGCGUUCGUGAAAAUUUGCGCGGCGGGCGGGUGA